AUGACCACAGCAGGGAGACCAACAUGGGAUAAUGCCAAAGGUGGUAGAGGGAAAUGGGAAGGUGAUUUAAGUGCUUUAUCGAAACAGUACUCUGUUCGUGAUUUACCGGCACAUACAAAAUUAAAAGUACGCCAAGAAGGCCAGGGAAGACCUGAAGAUAUUCAGGGUAAAGAUUUUAAACGUGCUUUGGAGGAGAAAGAAAAACGUUUAACUCAAGAAAAAUCAGGAAAAACCUCCAUAAAUGCUACUAGUCAACAACCAGCAAUUACUAGUGCCAAACGGCCUAGUUCUGCUGCUAUCAUGCCAACGAUGGAUAGUAAUACUAUUGGCAGCAUAAAACGUGCUCGAGCUGAUACAGCUACUACUAAUAUUGUCCCGACAACAAAUUUAGACGCUGAUGAUCCAUGGGAUGAAGACUAUGAUGAAGAUCAAGAUGAUGUGAUCAUCGCUAAGAAAUCGGUCAAGAAUAAAACAAAACACUCAUCUGAUGAUAAAAAUUAUCAAAAUGACAAUAAUGGAAAUGAUGAUGACGAUGAUGAUAAAGAUGAAGAAAUGUUAUUAGCUGAGUUGGCAAAAAUAAAACGUGAAAGAGCUGAAGAAGCAGCUCGUCAAGCUGCUGAAAGAAAGGCGGCUGAAGAAACUAUUCGUAUGGAAAAUAUUCUAAAAGGAAAUCCUCUCUUAAACUCAGCAAAUGCUUCAGAAUUCAAAGUAAACGAAGAUGGGAUGAUGAUGUUGUAUUCAAGAAUUGUGCUCGAGGUGAAGUAG